CACAAGAUGGCGGCGGGGCGCUGAGGGAGGCCCGGGUAGCACCGAGGAGGCUGCACCCUGAGGGGGACCCGGCCCAAGCCGCUGCUGCUCGGGGCCAGGCCGAGCCCUGGGUGCACGAAGUAUGCAGCGGGAAGGUGCAGCUCCCACUGACAUGGACCUCACGUCAUCCAUAAUGCAAAAAAUCAGCCUGUUGGAACAGAAAAUAGAUAAACAAGCACGAGAAAUUCAACUGAAGGACAGGAGGAUUGCUGAACUUGAAGAGAAAAUGAAGACUCUUCAGAAAGGAGAAGAUGCUCCUGACUCGUCCACAGCAGAGGAUCUGGAAAUGAGGUGCCUUCAGCUGCAGACCCAGGUCUGGGAGAUGGAGCGGUUCUUAAAUGACUAUGGUCUGAUCUGGGUUGGAGAGAGGCACGAACAGCUGGAAGAUUUACAAUCACUCAAAAAUGAAGAGCUGCCAGCAAAGAGCCUCUGGAAGCCAGGUGAGGCAGUUGUUUCCAAACAUGAGAUUGAUUUUGAUUUAAUCUUGGAAAAUGUGAAAGAUUUGAACAUGCUGGCUGGAGAAGGCAUUUCUCAAAUUGAGCACACGCCUCAGGGUGCCCGGCUGAGACAGCAGGAACCCCUCCCUCUUACUCUGUAUCAGAAUGGGAUCGUCAUGUUCGAUGGCCCCUUUCGGUCCUACGAGGAACCAUCAACACAGCAAUGCCUGCAGGAUAUUAUGGAUGGCUAUUUCCCUUCAGAGUUGCAGAUGCGCUACCCUGAUGGCAUCCCUUUUCAGGUCACCGACAAAAGGGAUGUGGUAUUUCAGGAGGGAGACCUUCCAGGGAGUUUCCCUGGCCACGGCCAAGCUGUCGGCCAUUCAGAAUCAAGCAAAGUGCAGGAAACCGACGAGAUCCCAGGUCCCAAACCCUCCUCGAAGCAGUUUCUGAACAACCUUUCAGAGUCCUCAGCCCCUGGAGGAGAAGCAAUCAACAUCCAAGACUCAGUUGGAGCAAGGCAGCAGGGCUCUGGUGGGACGUGGAGCAGCAGAGAGAUCGUGGUGGAGACACCCCGACUGUCUGCCCUGAAGAGGUUAAAGACAACCGAAGAGGCUGGGGCUCCUGCCCCUGAAGUCUGCACUCUCCGCAUAAAGUCUGAGAGCAGGGAGCAGACGUACAUUGUGAGGAUGCUGUUCUCAGAGACCAUAGGGGACCUGCGCCAGCACCUCGCCCGUGCCAGGGGUGGAGACUCCGGCUCGUAUGAAAUCCUCAGCACCUUUCCCCAGAGGGUGUACGCAGACAACGCCAGGAGCCUGCAGGAGUGCGGCCUGAUCCCCAGUGCCUCCUUGCUUGCUGCGGAGAAGAGACCCCCUCCCACGAGAGGGGCAGGGCUGCACGCAGCACAACAGCUCCUAGAGCUGCUGCCCUCGCACCGUGAGCUGUGUUUUAACCUCCCCCUGCGUUGGCAAGAGCAAGAGUUGUCCUUCCAGAUCCAGUUUCAUUGUGCCGUUACCUGGGACGGAGAGGAGGGCUCCUGCUUUGGCUUCUCUCUUCAGUGUGGGGUGCCACAGGGCAGCCCCAGCCUCCUGCUGCCUCGUGGGUGGGUUCCUACCUCCCCCAGGGGAUUUCUGGCAGCUCAGAGACCUGGUUUCUCACCUCUGCUGAAGGUUACACAGGCUGAUCCCUGCUCAGGAAGACUGGCAGCUUUACGCCAGUACUGGGGCAGGCGCUAGCUGGGCUCAGGGGCUCUGUAGCAGCUUUCCACACCGCUGCUCCCCCGAGAUUUCAUCUGCAUUUACACCCCCGAGAGGAACAGGCUCAGUUAUAUGGUCUCCAGCAAUGGCCUUGGGCCACUGCACUGCUGGGACUGAGCCAGACCCAGCGCAGCCAGAUCCUGCUGCUGGGUUUCCUGUACGUGAACGGCUUCUUCCCUUGGACAGCCCCCAGCUCCAGAGGGGCUGAGGUUCACAGCUACACCAAACCAGCCCGCCGCGGCCCUGAGCUGCUGGCCUUCCUUCCUCCCUCCCUCCCAGCCCGCUGCAACAGGACACCAUGUCACCGGAGAAGAGCACAAGCCCUUGGGUUCUUCCCUCUUCAACCUGAGAGUAAAGCAUCUUCCUCUCCUGCGGGCUGGGGCCGUGCUCUGCAGGCCCCUUUCCCAAGACAUUCUUCCCAUUUCAGCUCUGACAAGUUCCCACUUGCCUCCCAGCUGACAACACCCCCACUGCGCAAUGCAGCAUCUGCAGGCAGGUUCCCUUUUCACAGAGGCCCAGCACAUGCUGCCACCCAGCCCUCAUCAAAGGCUCCUGGCAUUUAUUGAGCUGUAAUUUCCACUUCUGUAAACUCCAAAUUACCUACAGACGGGGGCAGGAUCCCCUGAGCACUCCCUGGAACUGCUCUGCCUUCCCCAGGCCCCUCUGGCUGGAGCUUGGCCACGCGCUGCUCGUACGGGAAACACCACCAGCACCCUGACCAGUGACUCAGUCCCCACAGCUGUGAGCGAGCUUCCUUCUUUUUCCACCUCCAGGAGUGUACCAGGGACCCUCCUAUAGAGCAGCCUUUUCCACCGCCCCUCUGCUGUCAGCCAGUCUACAAACCACCAGGAAUUUUUACGCUACAGGUUCGUUUUUGUCCCCGUGGGUCUGUCUGAAGCUGUCCCUCCCCCAGGCUGUCGUUCUUACCCCAUGCAGGAGAGGGCUGCUGGAGAGGUACCUGUCACUACUGCACUGCAGGGGAUUCAGACAAGCCCCUCGAGCCUUUGAUUAGUGGCAGCAAUCUGAGGUGUUCAGGUCUUUGUGUCAAGCUGCAGCAGCAAGCACAACUGACUCAGCUCCUCUGAGCUGGAACUGACUCGGAAUCGUUGUGGAGGAGGAUGUUUAACCUGUAGUCGAGAUAAAACCAAUUUAAAAAGAAACCCACGAGUGCCACCACGAAAGGUACAGUAACAUUUAAUAGCAUCUCGGAAGACAACACUGGUUAUAAACUUGCUUUUUGGCAGGAAAACAAAAUGCACUUGGUCCAGGUUGCAAAAAGCCAACUGAGAAAGGAAAGGUAAGACAGCUGGAGCAGCAGCUGCUCCGGAGCAGCCCUGAGCCAUUAAUGCUCACGAGGGAGCAGCAGGGGUCCCAGUUUUGGGCCUAUCCAUCCCCCCUCACGCAGCCUGCCAAGGGACACGAGCCUUACGCCUCAGCCCCAGCCCGCUCCGUGGUGGGCGGUCGGACCCAGCUCUGUGCAGUAUUUCUGCGUUAAAUUAAAACAAAACAAAAAAAG